CGAGCAGUUGCGCGCUGUGUACAACGAAAACGAAAUGGAAUUACUUUCCCAAUCGUGGUAUAAAACAGCACUACGGGCAUGGAGCUUGUCUUAUUAGUGUUUAGUGUCAGAUCUCGCAAAGAUGUGCGCCGGGAGAUCUAAAAUGUUUCAAAAAUCGACAACGUUGUCGCCUUUAACGCGGUUCGCGUUCUACGCAAUCGUACUACUGUUACUUUCCUGCUCCACCCAACGCGCGUCGUCAAUGUCACUCGAACGUUUGGGUCUCGAUCAGAAUGACUUGAAUUCGGCGGCCAUUGCACCCGCAAACAAUUAUGAAGAGCAAACGGAAACAGAUAAUGGUGCCACUGACAUUGUGGUGGAUGAUAUGGAAUUAGAAGCUGUGCCCACUAACGGCAAUACGGAUACCUAUCUGUUAGUGCCAGCCAGUGGUGCCGCCGAGCGUGAAAGUGUUGAAAAAAAUACAAUUGAAAGUGUGGGUGAUUCAAAUGGUGUUGCCGAAGAGCCACAACCCAACGAAGCAACAGAUAUGUUGAUGGUUGAAUCCAAUGAUGCGCCUAUGCAUGUGUCCUUGCUUGCCGUGCCCGCUGAACAAAGUGAAUUGGCUGAUGCGGAUCAAGUGGCGAAAGCGGAAGAAAUAAUUAACGACGAUGAAAGUGUUAUGGACGAACAACUACCCAACUUAGAUGAUAAAAUUUUGGAGAUUCCCAUCGAACCGGAACUUCAAGAAGUCGUACCCGUAGUCGCUGUAGAAGUACCAGUAGAAUCCAUUGAAAAAGUGGAUAACGGACCCUCAUCCGUGGAGGUGGAACAUGGUUCACGUAAUGAGGAUAACGUUAGUGCCGAACAUGAAACCAUAGCCGACAUGAUCGCCGAUGCGGUGUUGGAAGUCGAAAAAGAUAUGGAGAAUGCGUACUCGGCUGAUGAGCUGCCAAGUAAUGUACUGCCAGUUGAAAGUGAAAUAUUGGACGAAAGUCAAGCGAAUGCUCAGAAAAACGAAGAAACUGACAAUUUCCAGGAAAAUGCGGAGCAGGAUGCUAUCGAAAAUUUAUCUGCAAUGGAAGAGGAAUUGCUCCCCGAAAUCAUUUCAGUGCCCGUGGAAGCAGUGCACAUUGAGCAAGAGAAGAGUGAAGAAAAUACCGAACCUUUGCACAUAAGUGACAGCACAGUAGAAGAUGAGAAUUUAGAGGAAAACGAAAUUAAAGAAGAAGCAAAGGAGCAUUCUGUAGAGAAUAAAAUUACUGAAGAGUCAGCAAGUAAACCCGAUGAAAUUAUUGCAAAUGUAGAGCCAGGGCCAGAACACGUUGUGGAAAUCCAACCAGAAAGCACUAUUAACGAAGAUAAUCCAAAUGUGGAAGAGUUAAGUGUGUUAACCGAUACUAUUAUUCAAAGCCAAAGUGAAGAAAAUAAGAUCGCAAAUAGCAAUCAAGAACCUGAAAACAAAAAUACAGAAGAUUCGACUAAAAUAGAAAAAGAAAAUGUUUCAGUGCUUAAGGACGAAAUAAAAGCAGACGCCAGCGAAGAUGGUGUAAUGUCUGAAGAGCAUGAAGUGAAUCCCAUGGUGGAAGCCAUUGAAAAAGAAAUUGAUGCCGACCUAGCUGAACGGAUUGCAGAGGAUAGCAAGCUUGAAGAAACCAUUGCUGAGGAGAUGACACCAAACGGAGACCAUGUAGAGGAUAAUAAACAAGUUGAAAAAAUUACAGAGGAUAAACAUACUGACGAAACUCAAAUCGUUGAGGAAGUACAACAAACAGAAAACGAUCAGAUUGCAGAGGAAAGUCAAACAGCGGAAGAAUUGCAAGCUAUUGAAGAAAUACAAGCCCCUGAAGAAAACCAGUUGAUCGGAGAAACUCAAAGUCUUGAAGAAAACCAAUUAGCCGAAGCAGCGCAAAAAACUGAGGACAACCAACAGCAAGUAACAAUGGAUAACACCAACGUGGCAGCCGAAGCAAUAAUGCCAGAAGCCGCUAACCACCAAUUAGAUGAAAUUUCGCAGGAUGCUAUGGUAAUUGAAGAAAGUCUGCAAGAAGAAAAUAUGGAAAAUUUGGCGGAAGAAACGUUACCAGUGGGAGAAGUGGCGGAAAUAGCUACACCAGAAGAAAUUCCUGCUGAUAACAUCGCUGAGCAAGAACCAACGGCUGAAAAUGUUGAAGAAGACAAUAAGCUUGAGGAAGCUGCUAGUGAAGACAUUAAAGAAGACGCGCCAAUUGUAGAGGAAUCGCAACAAGAAGAAAUUAAAGAAGAACAAGUGGAGCAACAAGUGUCUGAGGCCAACGGUGAGCUGUCAGAAUCGGAACAAAAGCAGGAAUUAAAUAAAGAAGAAGAAACUGAAGUCAACCAAGCUGAUUUAAGCGAAUCUACAGUGCAAAAUAACAGUCAGCAAAUUACAGAAGAGAAAUUGGAAGAAGAUUCUGUACCAAUAGAAGAAGAAGCAGCACACGAAACGCAGAAAAUAGUGGGGGAGAAAUUGGAAGAAGUGAAAAAACUAACAGAGACCGAAACACAACCCGAAGCACAAAACUUUGGAAAACAACAGGAACAAGAACAACCCAUACCAGCUGCAGAGUUGGUGCAAAAAGAGGAACAACAGCCGGAAACACCAAUACAGCUUGUAGAAAAUCAAGAGCAACAACAAGAAACUCAGGAGACCACGUCCGAAGAGCUGCUACAGCAGGCUGUAGCGGGGGAAGCUCAAGAGAUCCUGUCUGAAGAGUUGCAACAGUCGGUUGAGGAACAAGAAGUCCAGGAGGCUGAGCAAACUUUGCAACAAGUAGCAGAGCAACAACCAUCGAAAGAAGCCGAGGAAACCGUAAAUCUACAACAAGCAGAAGAACACUUGGAAGAGCAAGUUCAGUCGGUGAAGCAAGAAGAACCCGCUAUUCAACAACAGCAGGAACAAGAGAUCGCAGAAGAACAACCACAAACUGAGGCACAAAUGCCUGAGGUUCAACAAAUACUCGCCGAUGCACCUGCACAAGUACCGUUUGGGCUUGUUACGGAAUCGCUGAGCAGUGCCCCAAUCGAACCCACCAAUUCGUUGCUAACAACGAUCAUACAAGUGCCACAACAACAACAACAAAUUCCACAACAACCAUCACCAGUAAAAGUCGAAAAUGACAAAGCACCAUUAACGGCAACACUUGUCGGUGUCAACAGUCCACCCGCCGCUGCAGCAGCGUUCACAGUAGCACCACUAAAUGUCAUGGAUAGUGUGCUCAAUUAUGUGAAUGCCUCAUUUAUGCAACUCAAUGGCAACAAACAACAGUUAACCACACAAAAUCUAAAGGAUGACGAUGACGCUGAUUUAAAUGCACAGUUAAGACGCUACGAUGGUGCUCAGGUCUGGAGAAUUGUUGUGCAAAGUGAUCACGAUAGGAAAAUGGCGGAUGAGCUGCAAACUAAAUACGGUGGUCAACUGUGGAAGGAGGUGAAACAAGAGGUCGAUUACUUGUUGAAGCCACAAGUUUUGAGCGAAGCAGCACAGCAUAUACGCGCCGCAAAUCUGUCACGAAUCGUUCUCAUCGAUAAUUUACAAAAUGUCAUCGAAACGGAAAAUCCCAGCGCAGAGGAAAUCGCACAAUACCAGAACCGAAAGGGACAUCGCUUAACUUGGAAGGCCUAUCAUCGUCUCGCAGACAUACAUGGUUUCUUUGAUACAAUGGCAAAAACAUAUCCCGAUAUUUGCUCUGUGGAAACAAUUGGCUAUUCCAUACAGAAACGCCCAUUGAAAAUCUUAAAAAUCUCCAAUGGUAAUCCUGGCAAUCCUGGCAUCUGGAUCGAUGGUGGCAUGCAUGCACGCGAGUGGGUUAGCCCUGCAACAGUCACAUAUAUUGCCAAUCAAGUGAUUGAAGAUUGGGAGAACUUGCCCGAAUAUAUGCGCAAUGUCAAUUGGUACAUACACGCUGUGGCUAAUCCCGAUGGUUAUGAAUACUCACACACCACCGAUCGUCUCUGGCGCAAGAAUAUGCGUUCGCAUGGUCGUCAAUGUCCGGGUGUUGAUUUAAAUCGUAACUUUGGUUACAAAUGGGGCGGCAAGGGUACAUCGGCAAAUCCAUGCGCACAAACUUAUCGCGGCAGCAAAGCCUUCUCGGAACCGGAGACAUUCUAUAUUUCGAAAUUCAUUAGCAAUUAUCCACGUGACACCUUUAAAGCGUUCCUUUCGUUCCACAGUUAUGGCCAGUACAUCUUGUAUCCAUGGGGUUACGAUAAUCAUCUAACUCCCGAUAAAGCGGAUUUGGAUCGUGUGGCGCGUCAAGCAGGAACGAAAAUCACAAAGAAGUCAGGUGGCAAGUAUACAGUCGGCUCUUCAGCGACCACUCUUUAUCCAGCAGCUGGCGGUUCGGAUGAUUGGGCCAAGGGCUUUGCUGGCAUCAAAUACUCCUACACAAUUGAAAUGGGCGACACAGGCCGUUAUGGUUUCGUGCUACCCGCUAGCCAUAUCGAACCUAACGGUAGGGACGGUUACACUUUCGCUGAGACAGUGGCGCGCGCUAUCACAAGUGGCAAAAAAUACAGUCGAAAACGUGCCUUGUAAUUAUGGAUUAGUGUAAUUCUCUAAAUUAAUUUAACAUAAUUUAUUUAUUAAUUUAAUAUUUAUUUAUUGCGAUGCUGACUUAAAGAAGCGUGACCGUAAAUCUACUUAAUUAACUAAAAGAAAGUAAAGGGUAGUCCAACAAAAGCCAAUUUAGCUUAAUAACGAAAAUGCCAAUUAAAUUAGUGUUUAUUUAUUUAUUAUGCGAAAUAUUUAUUUAUUUAUUGUAUUUGUAAAAGAAAUUUAUUUGCGUAUUUAUGUUGUACUGGCAUAAAGUAAGUGGAAUUUCGGCCGAUUAGUUGAAUUUAAAUGGGCUAAACGUUUGUUAAAACAAAUGAAAGCGUACAGAAAAUCCAAGUGAAUAAUAAAAUGAAAUGAAAUUGAAAAUA